AUGGUAUCUCCUGUCAGCGCUUCUUCCGGGAGCCGACCGCCAUGGCCAACAAAGCGCAAAGGCUCCGUACCAGGACCACGGCGUCCUCCAUCUCCAGAAUUGUCGAAUCUCGACUGCGCUUUCCCGCCCUUCCCACUGCCACCUAAAGCGUCGACUACCCGGCGGCGCGAUAGAUCCAUCACACAAGGCAACGAAGGGCAGCGGUCUCGAUCCAGAACCGCACCCCGGCUUCCGCAACAGGAUAGCCUAUCCAUUCCACUGAUAAGAGCUGAGUCAUUGAACAGUGUGUCCGAACUCACGAACCACAAGCAACAAGAUGUGAUAUCCCGCGGAACCAGCCCUUCGAUCAGCAGCAGUGGCUCGACCAGCAACAAGGCUCCUAGCAUCCAGCAGAGCCUCAAUGAAACGUCAGAGGUGCAGGACAUGCAGCCUCCCCCAAAGCAGGCCUCGCUACGUGAGUCGGGAGACGGAUCUAUCCCCAGAACAACACCGCUACAGGUGCCCACAAGAUCGUACUCCGAACCACCGCCUCAACAAGGUGCAACAACCCAGCAGGACUUCAGUGCGUUUGUUUUCAAUGAUAAUAUGAAUGCCGACGCCGAGUCGACCAAAAAUACUUUGGCACCUAUGCAGGCUGAGCCAGGUUACAAGUCGAAAAGGCCUCCACCCCUCGCCCGGGAGCAGUCCCUUCCUCUGACCAAGGUGAGGUCUCCUACUGCGCCUCAACCAUCAUCAGCCGGCGUUUUGUCAAAAGGUUUUGGAAAACUCUUUGGUCGACGUCGAUCGCAUUCCAUGAUUUCUCGUCGAGAGGUCGCCCGACAGGCUUUGAGUGAUGAACCGGAUGUCUACGAUCAUCAGGAUGCAGGCCAAAGCAUUCUGAGUGCGCGGAGUGAUGGAUCACUCUCCACUGCAGAACCUUCUCCUCUCCUUACCCCGUCGAUGACCUCGCCCAUCCCGGUACUAUCAAGCCAUGAAGAGUCUCUACAAGCUCUCGAGGGAAUGACAGCGGCUCCAAAGUCCGCUCCGAUGGUAUUGAUUGAGCCAGUCAUCGAAGAAGAACCUUCUGAGCCUAUACCGUCGCCCCAGCAAGUGCGAGUGGAGCCAGUACAAGCGUCGAGCCCGAUCGUAGUCGUUCCUGAGCCUGAACCGGCCCAGGCUGUUGAAUCUCUCCAACGCAUUUCUAUCGACUCGGCUUCUUCAUAUGGUUCGGUCGGGUUCUCUGACCAUGGGAGCAGCUCAAGAUCCAGUUCCCCUCGUACAGAUUCUUUGAUGAUCAAGUCCUUCGACUCGUCACACUUGAAGGUGGACCAGCUCCUGAAUGCGGAAAUUCCAGCACCAUUAAGACCAGGGCGGGCCCAGACACUUCCCGAAUCGCCAACCGAUCCUCUUUUCCAACAAGGGCGGCUUUCUCCCAUUCCGGAUCACAGUCAUGUACCGAGUCAACCGAUACCUCCUCUGCAGGCAUCUCAAGUCGAGUCUCAACCCAGUCUGACUCCGGGUCUGGAACCUCAUGCAGCUCUCGUCCAGAAAGGCAAUAUCUCGACGCCCAACAAGGGUAUCUGUCGUGGAUGUUCCCAAGUGAUUCUUGCAGCACAGAAAUCUGUAUCGAGUGCCGAUGGGCGGCUGACUGGUCGUUAUCACAAGGAAUGCUUUGUAUGUCGGACGUGCCAAAACGCAUUCCCGACCGCGGAGUUCUACGUGCACGACGACCAGCCAUACUGCGCUCAUCACUACCACGAGUUGGAGAAUUCAUUAUGUGCCACCUGUGGGAAAGGCAUCGAAGGUCUGUACAUGGAAACCGCCAACGUGGCAGGUCGCGGGAAGGAAAAGCACCAUGCGGAGUGCCUGAAGUGUACCACCUGCAAGAUCCGACUCGAUCACGAUUACUUUGAGCUGUCAGGCAACGUGUACUGUGAGCGAGAUGCAUUUCGCAUAGCCAGCAUGCCGAAGACCCGUGACAAUGCCCCCAGCCGACCGAGUCCCCUAAUCCGGGAGUAUAUCAGCAGCGGAGACCGAGGGCUGUUGGGGGCCAAGAAAUUCCCAGAACGAAGAACAACCAGAUUAAUGACCAUGACCUAG